AUGGAUUCAUACUCCCCUAAGGGUAAAUUUUGUAAUAAUGUAGUCACUCGUAAUUCAACUCAGUUACAUCAAAAAGAUUAUAUUAUAUUAUACUUAAGUCAAGUAACUAAACGAUUCAUCAUCAGUAAAUAUUUGUAACACCAAAAUAUAUUUAUAAAAUGGCUAUCUUGGAUUUUAUAAAACCAAUUUUUUACAAUAAUUCACAUUUAAUUUGUUUAAAAAAAAAAGAAAAAAAAAAGAGUAAUCAUAGUGCAAGGCUCUAAUAAUGAUUGCAAAAAAAAAACAAAAAAUAACACGUAUAUCAAUAAUACCAUCGUUGGAAUUUUAAUUAAGAGGUGCAACGUCCAAUAUUGCUUGUUUGUACAUAUUUAGAAAACGAUAUUUACUAUAGGUAUACGUCUACAUUAUCAGCGUAGAUUUAUGUUUGGUAUUUUUUACACUUUAAACGUAUUGUAAUAAUGAUGAUUUAUACUCGCCGAAUAAAUUUAAAUAAAUCCGUAUGCAAAUAAUGCGAUACAAUAUUUUUUAACCGUUUACACUAAAUUAAUGUACGAAUGAAAAAAAAAAUUCAACACAAAAUCCAAUUUACCCAACUAUUUAUAAUAACUGUUAUUCGGUAAUAUUGUUUAUACAUUUGAAAAUUAACAUUAUUGAUUUAAAGAGCAAAAAAAAAAAAAAAAUUUGACUCAAUAGGUGUGAAGACAAAAUACGGAUACUCUGUACUCUGGUGGGAUUGUACUUUCAUAUUUUGUACGUGGACCAUAAAACAUACAAUUUCAUGCGGUUUGGCUCAAUGACGUCAAGCGAAAAAAAAGUUAAAUCGAGCCGGCAAAUACAGGUACCUAAUAAUAAUAAUAUGCAAUAUGGAAGAAAAGGAAUCAUCGUGUGCUGUACGGAAUCUCGUAAUUUUAAUGCUGACGACUAUGCUAUGACGACGAUCAAGUCUAAAUCGCGGCUACAACGUUGUGUACCGAUAUAUUAAAAUAAUAAUAAUAUAGUGCAUAAUAUUCAGAUACCUGUAUAUUAUAAGUGCAUAGUAAUUUCUGCAUCGUACGGUAUAGUAUAUAUAUAUAUACAUUUCAUUCGUUUUCGUAAAUCACAACUAAUCGAGGGGAGGGGCAUGGUGAGGUUAAAAAAUAUAAUAAUGUUUUCCAGGUCGGUUCGUAUGUUAUAUUAUUAUUGUACUUGUAUAUUUUAUAAUGUAGUGACUCGAGACUUGAGCGUUCGCGCCCCGGGGGGAUUACCGUCGAUACCAUAAACCAAUGAACCUCGUCCGGGAUGAUAUAUUAUGUUUGCGUAUUUUAUAAUACACACAGCAGCUGCUGUGCGGUAGCCGCUAAACAACUUGUAUACGUAUACUCUGACAGUUUUUACCUCUUUCAUCGUUCUAGCCCCCUCCCCCUCACCUCUGCACUACACUACUGAAUUUAAAGAUACCACUAUAAGCAGUACACCUACUAAAUAAUCGUUCGGAUUCGUAUUAAAAUGCGUUUAAAUACGCGUAAAUAUUAUAUAGAAGUUACAAUUUUAUUGUCGUACUGAAAUAGGUAUAUAAUCACAAAAGAAAAUAACAUUUUUUUUUUAGCGAGAAGCGACUGCGUUUAAAAGUUCUAUAUAAAAAAAUAUAUACAUAUAUCUCAAGAGGGGGUUAAGUCAUCCGAUCAUCGUUUGAUUUCGUUGUGUGCAGUUUCUCUUCGCUGCGAAUUUACUUUAGACUCGAUUAAUAACACGUAUCACGAAAAAUCGUUCGUUUCGUUAAACACAGAAACCAUAAUAUAUUUGUUUAAAGAAAUCGCGGGAGAGAGGGGCCCAAAAGAAAAACUUCGAAUUGUUGAGUGUCGAGUGCUCGUAAAAUGCCGAGAGGCCAAAAAAUGUAUACUAAUGAAAAACAAUAAACGAACGAUUAUACAAUAUAAAUAAUAAUAAUCAUUACACGUUAUUUGUUUAAUCGAAAAAACAAAACUAUACGACUAUUCGAUGAUUGAUACGUGCUAUACAUGUAUGUGUAUUGUACAUUAACGAUAUAAGAUUAGAUUAGACACUGAUUGUUAUACAACUGUUUUAACGAUAAUAGGUCAUUAAAAGGGCUACAAUCACACGGUAAAUAAAAAAAAUAAUAAAAAAACUACGGACACUUGCCGAGAGCUGAUAAGUAAGGAACUUUGAAUACUAUCACUCGACACUUGUGGGCAGCUAUAAGCUUAGUCUAGAUUUUACUUAGAUUAGCCGAAAGUUUCGAAUUAUCGAGUCGGCUGUUAUAGCUUAUAUUAUAGAAUAUAAACAUUUUCUACUUAAUAACUAAAGGGUCCCGAUUACGGAGGCACCUGCAAGUGACACAAGACAUGGAGGCUCCCAACUUAUCUGUAAAGUUUCUUGAUCUAACUCAGCUGGGUGCAGAGACUACGCGUGCCAACUUUCUGCAGACGCCAGGCGACAUACUGCAUUACGGAGUAGGGUGCCUACUCUAUAUUUCCCGAUCCAAUGACCAAUCUAUUGGGGUAUUCGCAUCUAUACCGAUCGUAUAUUCUUCCCCACUGCAUCUGUCCAUCUUGUUCUUUGUCGGUGCCUAGUAGUCGGCUACUAAUUUUUUUUUCUAUCAUAGCGUUAUUUAGUUCCUAUUUGAUUUCUAAAUAAUACGUAUAUCCAUGUCUUUAAAUUUUGUAUGAUAUGUGGCUAUGUUCGGUUUUCCAUACAGACUAUAGGUACAGUUUUUAAUUUUGCCUAUUUCGUAUACUCCGAACUCAUAUAGGAGAUCUUUAUAGGGGGUCUUACUGAUGUAGAUCCCCCGGCACACUUUUGGAACUGUUGGGUGGGUCAGGAUAAAUGCUUCAACAUUUCAACGUAAUAAAAUAUUAAAUACACUUAUAAUAAAUUGUUAUUAUUUUUGAGGUAGGUAGGAGGCUACUGCAAGUUAUAUGACGCGUAAAUUAUAUUUUAGCUUUUGGUUAUUAUAAAAUAUUACAGUAUGUAUACUACCUACUUAUCAUGUUAUAAAAAUCUAUGCGUGUAGCGUUGCAAUAAAAAUUGUAGCGUCGUGAGUAUACUAAAUACUGUAUAGGUACUGCCGCGUGCGUUAAAGUUUCUUGUACUCUCUCUCUCUCUCUCUCUUGUUGCCGCCCGACCUUUUGGAAAGGUAAGGGGAAAGGGGGAAUUUUAAAUCUAAGUUUAAUCGCAGUUAUUAUAUUAUAUUUACGUCGCAUAUUAAACUCGGACACGCGCACGCACACCGACACCCGGUGUGUCCCGCAAGAUUCGCGUAUAUAUACAAUGAGUCCGCGGGUGUGCGAUAUUAUUAUAAUAAUAUUAUAGACCCGUCACCGAGCUAUAGGUGCGCGCGUUUGAGGUCAUCGGUGUCGACAGCCAACUGGCACCGCCGUUGUCGGUUUUUUUCCGCCUAUAUCUACUAUGCUUUUUCCUCUUUUUAAGUACCAUAUAAAAUAUUGUAAGUACGCCUAUAGACGACUAUAUGUAUAAAUAAAGUUUUGCAACUCCAUUGCGGGUGGACAAUACUAUACAAUAAUAAUAAUAAUAAUAAUAAUAAUAAUAAUAAUACAUAUUGUAAUAUGCUCGCGAAACACUUAUACACACACUCGGUCACCAGACCACCCACGCAAUAAUCCCCACUAGUUUUGGCAUGACUUAAAAGCCGACGACUAUUAGAGCUACUGCUGCUGCUGCUGCACAGCAGUUUCGGAUUCUCGGACACCAGACGUUCCGCACGUCGCUAUUUUGCAACAUAUGUUAUUAUAUAGUACACGUUUUACGGUAUAUAAUAAUAAUAAUAUUAGUACAUUGCGAUUCUCGCACCCCGCCGCCACCAUAAAGUCGUAUCACGUCCCCCGAGAAGUACGAUUAUACCUAUAGUUGUACGGAUGUAAAUGGUGAGACGAAUAUUUCGAAAACUACAAGGGGAGGCGAAGUAUUAGCAUACAUAGUCAAGCAAAUACUAUAAUAUAUACUGUAAGAAAUAGAAAUCGAGGUACUGUUGUAAUAAUUAUGACAACACAUAAUUAUUAUUUGUUUAUUUUAGGCUUCAGGUAUCAGUAAUUUAUAAAAUAAAAUAGCUGUUUUUAAUAUGUAAUACUCAUAGUACAUAUAUUGUUCUAAAAUCAAUCAAUAUUCAUGUAUUUAUCUAUUAUGUUUUGAAAGAAAUUAGUUUUGAGAUUUUGCAUAAACUAUAUAGUAAGGGUAAUUUAAACUAAUAAGAAAAUUACGUAUGAAGCAGCGCCUCACUCGCCUCACUUAUUUAGACGAGAUCUCUUAAACAUAUGCGAAAGCAUAACGGAUUAUUAUUAUUAUUAUUUACUUAUUCUUUUGAAGCGAUUUCAUAAUCUAUACGGAUUUGUUUUCCCUUUCUGUCGGCCAUCAGCCACCGUUCAAAACGAUGAUCGAUAUGUUAUUUUAACGGACCUCCGUGUUGUAUUUAAGUACGUCGCAGCUUUCUAACGACAAUAUGUUUUACCUUGCAAAACGCCAUUCGCUCGAGGUAUUAUGUUAAAAAAAUAAAAACUUAAUUAUAAUAUUUGCACGAAACGACGUACCAACAAUAUUUGUAUUGUAUUCUAACGUUCUAGAUGAGAACGAGAUCGUGGAAAUAUUUGCACAUACCAAUCAAGGGAUUUAUCAGUCUCUUUUACACCGUCAUAAAGUAAGUUCGUCGUUCGUCAGUAACAAAAUGUAAUUUAUGAUUUGUUUUUAAAUGUUUUUUUCAACACGAAGACAAUCAAAUGUUAUUUUAAGCUAUACAUCCCCCAGGUUGUUUUCAAAUUGUUUACUCAUCUUUUUAAAAUAACAUUAUUAAAAGGUCGUCAAAAUUAAGCUACGUAGAACCUAUAGUACAUUUGUAUAUUUAGGUUGAAAUAUGAGUUUAAACACUGAUAACAAAUUCUAAAAAGAAGAGUUUUUUCAAGGGCAGUUCGUAACUGUGUUUCAAAGAUAAUAAAAAACUUACAGGAAUUGUUUAUAUAUAUAUAUGUAAAAAAAAGACAUCACUGAAAAUUCUGUAACUUUUUUGUAUGACAUUUUUGAAAAACAGCAACAUUUACAGUCCUAGAAAACAAUCUCCUCUUUUUAGAUUUUAGACUCAGAGUACAGCAAGAGAUCUGCAGAUUUUAUUGUGUUGUAUACUUUUUUUUCCGCCUGUAAACAACUUUUCGAACAGAAAACUUGUUUCGAUGUAUCAAGUGUAACACCUUUUCUGAAAGGAAAUUUUAUCUAAUUGAUACAUUUAACAUGCCAUUUUUGGAUUUUCCAAGGGUUUUUUAAAACAAUAGAAAAAAUGGAAAAGUGCGCCGCAGUGUUACCAUUUCAUUGUUUUAAAUUUGUACGUACAAUGUUUCCUACCAGAAAUGUUGAUUUAAUCAAAACAUGCCAAGAGACCUUUUUUGGUAAAUUUUGAAUUUAGUUAGUGAAUAAGAAAGUCGUUUUUUAUGUUUUUUUUUUUUUUUUUUUUAAUAACUAAGCAAAACCGAAAAACGUAGAAACAAACGGGAUAGUUUACGAAAUUAAUGGUUUAUUAUUUUAAAUAUUUUUUUCGUUGUAAUUUAAGUAAAAAUAUUUUCAAAAUAUUUAUGCUAUUUUUGAGCUAUUUAUAAGCAUCUUAUGUUUGUAAGUUUUUUUCGUAGUUUUUAUUUGGUAGGUACUAGGUAUUAUAUAGAAAUCACUGUUUGACCAAACAUAAAUGCUUGACAACUUAACAGGAGAAUCAGUAUAAGUUGUAGGUACUGAGUGGUAAAAAAAAAACCGUUUAUAGUAAUUUUUUAUUUAUUUAAAGAUCAAAUUUUGAAGAAAAUCACAAAUAUUACGACCUUACAAAUCAUGUCUAAACGAACUUUGUUCAGAAUCGUUUUUCGUUAGCAAUGAUGUAUUGUUGCUAUCAGAUACAAAUUAUAUAGCUUUAUAUUUAUAUUUCGAUGAUAAGCAAUUUCGCAAAAAUAUUAGAGAAAAAUAAUAAAGUCUAGAUUAGUAGAGUUUUUGGAAAAGAAUAAUUUGUUGUCUAAAAAUCAGUUUGAUUUUAGACCCGGGCUGGGUACAAAAAAUGUAUUGUACAAUGCUAGUAAAUACAUAUAUAAUGCGCUUGACAAUAGCAAAAAAUCAAUGGCAAUUUUUUUAGAUCUACCUAAGACUUUACCUAGUGGUAAAGCCCCAGGUCCUGAUGGAAUUCCGAACGAGGUUCUUCAGCAAGUUUCUCGCCUCAAGCCUUCGCUACUUCAGGGGGUGUUCAACUUAUGCCUGAGGAGUAAGGUAUUCCCCUCUAUCUGGAAGAGAGCCAAACUUGUCUUGCUACACAAAGGGCCUGGAAAACCACCGAGCGAGGCAUCGAGCUUCAGGCCUCUGAGCCUGCUCAACGCGGCAGGCAAGUUAUUCGAGAGGUUGAUCCUAGGGCGACUGGUAGUCCAUCUUAAUACCCCGGGACUGGGACUGAACCAGAGACAGUUUGGCUUCAGGAGGGGACGCUCGACUGCGGGAGCUAUCUCACGAGUGUUGGGACUAGCUAGGGAAGCAGCGAGAGGUGCAGCACAAAAUAGGCACCUGUGCGCGAUGGUCUCUCUGGACGUCAGAAACGCGUUUAAUUCGGCGCCAUGGGAGAAGAUAGAUGGUGCUCUCCGCAGGAAGCAGGUACCUAGUUACCUAGUCGAGCUCNGAUGAUUGUUGUCGGUGAGCGGAGGGUUUUUAAGGAAGUGACGUGUGGUGUUCCGCAGGGGUCGGUCCUUGGUCCGACACUGUGGAAUGUAUUCUACGACUCGCUUCUGGAUCUGGAGAUGCCAUCUGGAAUCGAGUUGGUGGCGUUUGCUGACGAUGUGGCGGUAGUGGGGGUGGCGCACACCGGAGAGCUGCUCGCCCAGAUCCUGAACCCAGCCCUUGAUAGGGUUGCUCGUUGGAUGCGGGAUAACGGGCUUAAGCUUGCUGCGCACAAGACGGUCGCGGUGCUCCUGACCAAGAAAAUUGUGUACACCCUGCCGGAACUACUCAUUGAGGGCCAGCCGGUUGAGUUCAGUCGGUCGGUCAGGUACCUAGGUGUAGAAAUUGACCAGAGGCUCACGUUCACGGGACAUGUAGGAAGGGUUGCUAAGGCGGCGGCGGAAACGGCUAUGGCCAUCUGUCGGCUGAUGCCGAACGUUAGCGGGCCGAGUGCGGGUAAAAGAAGACUCCUGGGAACGGUGGUGCAGAGCAAGCUGCUGUACGCCGCUCCGAUUUGGGCCGACACUGCGUUUUCCAGCGAGAGGAAUAGAGGCGUAGCAAAUCGCCAACAACGCAGGGUGGCCCUGAGGGUUAUUCGGGCCUACAGAACAGUUUCUGACCAGGCAGCCAUGGUGCUUGCGGAGCUGCCCCCAAUAGAUCUGUUGGCUUCUGAGCGCGGACGGGUAGCGAUCGCUCUAAGCAAGGACGCAAUUGGAAUGGGUGUAAGGGCGAUCAAGGCUGCAGAAAGGGGGGUUACAAUCACUGAAUGGGAUGCUCGCUGGCAGCGGACGGAGAAAGCAGCAUGGACCAGGUACCUGAUUCCGGACCUAGCGGGGUGGCUGACUAGGGUCAUCAAGGUUACCCCUACCUACCACUUAACGCAGGUGCUGACGGGCCAUGGCUGCUUCCAGGCGUACCUAUACCGGAUGGGGCUGGCGGGCAGCCCGGAGUGUCUGCUCUGUGGUCAUGUUGAGGACUCGGUUGAGCACACCAUUGUGGACUGCCCUUACUGGAAUGAAGAAAGGGUUCCGUUAUUGAGGAUGAUCAAUGGCGGGCAACUCAGCGUUGAUCUCAUUAGGGAGAUUAUCUGUGGACCUCCAAGAGUAGACCUUCCACCUCAAGGGGGUGUUCAAAUAGUUAAGGCAGCGCAGGCAUUAUGUGACUGCUUUGUGGAUAUGUGCCACUCCAUUAUGCAAGAAAAGGAGAAGCUGAAGAGGGGACGCCAGGCAGAAGAACGGGCCGCAGUGAUCUAGCUGCAGCCACUCCAGUUGCAGACUGACUAAGGACGGUAGUACGACGACCAUCGUAGCUGUCGGAGGCGCCACCGACACCGUCCUUAGAAUUAUGGCGUCGGGCGGGCGGGCGGCCAGUGGCGUUGGAUCCACAUAUCUGACGCCACUGGUUUCUGGUUUGGGAAUGUUCCCAAGCCAGGAAACGUUUAUGUACGUGAUUUCGAGGGUGGCGGGCAUUGACGGCCUGUGAAGAGGAUAGACGGGUACGCGACUUCCAGGGUGGCGGGCAUCGCCGGUCCGAGAAGCGGGACCAUUGUUACAGAGGUGUCGAGCGCCAGCAGAAGCCUACAAUUGUGUUAUGCUGUUAUAGUUGUAUUUAUUAUUAAGUUGUUAUUAUUAUAGUUGUAAUUAUAUUGUUGAUGUCAAAUAAAUGAUGGUGGCCGUGCGGAAGUAUUGUUGACGCAGUUCCCGCCCGGUCAUCGAUUUACAGUGAAAAAAAAAGGUUAGGUUAGGUUAGGUUCUGGGAGCAGGAGAGGUCCGUCCUGGCGCGGUCCGCCCGGGUCGGGACCUUCGGUGUCGCCGAUAUGACUGAGAUGGUGUGCGGUCCCGAUCCGGCUCUGCUGCCCGAAGAUCCUGGGAGGAUCAAGAGGAUUUUGGCAGCCGCCCAGUCCGUGACGGACGCCUUCCAGAAGUUCGUUGAAGCGGUCCUGGGCAGGAAGGAGGCGCUCGAGCGUGACCGCCAACGGGCAGAAAGAAGGAGGAGGAGGCGAGUGGUCUAGAGCGGCGGUCGGUCGGUUGACGGCUCGUGAAGAGGGUGAAGGUUCUAUCACACUUGAACAUAUAUAUUGUAUAAUUUUAUUUUAAUACUGUGAGCCCACCCCCCCGCGUAAGGGGGUUACGGGAUUUUUGGUUUCAUUAAUUGUAUGAAAUUGUAGUUGAUUUAUUUAAUAAACGAUGUGGCUGGAGGGGCAGUAAUGCGCUAAGCAGGGCCCCCUCCUGCUGCGAUACCAUAAAAAAAAAAAANAGAUGGAGGACGUGCACGAAGGCGGAGUGGACGAGACGGCUCAUCCCCGACUUGGGCAGGUGGCUCGGUCGGACGGUCGUCGUCCGGCUGACAUUCCACCUGACCCAGGCGCUGACGGGACACGGUUGUUUUGAAGACUACCUGCACCGCAGGGGCAGAGCGGUUACCCCCUUGUGUCUGUUGUGCGGUGUGGGAGCGGAAGACACCGUGGAGCACACUCUGCUGGAGUGCGCGUUCUGGGAGCAGGAGAGGUCCGUCCUGGCGCGGUCCGCCCGGGUCGGGACCUUCGGUGUCGCCGAUAUUACCGAGAUGGUGUGCGGUCCCGAUCCGGCUCUGCUGCCCGAAGAUCCUGGGAGGAUCAAGAGGAUUUUGGCAGCCGCCCAGUCCGUGACGGACGCCUUCCAGACGUUCGUUGAAGCGGUCCUGGGCAGGAAGGAGGCGCUCGAGCGUGACCGCCAACGGGCUGAAAGAAGGAGGAGGAGGCCAGAACGAGUGGUCUAGAGCGGCGGUCGGUCGGUUGACGGCUCGAGAAGAGGGUGAAGGUUUUCGAUUACACAUUGAACAUAUAUAUAUAUAUAUUGUAUCAUAUUUUCUUUUUAAUACUGUGAGCCCACCCCCCGCGUAAGGGGGUUACGGGAUUUCGAUUGUUUUUAUUAAUUGUAUUAUCAAAUUUGUUGAUUAGUUUUAAUAAACGAUGUGGCUGGAGGGGCAGUAAUGCGUUAAGCAGGGCCCCCUCCUGCUGCGAUACCAAUAAAAAAAAAAAAAAAAAAAAAAAAAAAAAAAGGUUAGGUUGGCCUCAGAGCUGCCUAGGAGUCCCCCCGACGACGAGACCAGGGUGUUCGACGACAGAGGCACGGGCCCUGGAUACGCAUGGGCCAAGUUUGGAGAUCUCGUGGUCUAUAGUUGCUAUUUUUCUCCUAAUUCCCCAAUGGACGAAUUUAGGGAGGCGCUAGGCGGACUGGAGGAUUCCUUGCGUCAGACGGGCUGAGCGUGUAGCCUGGUGGUUGGAGGCGACUUUAAUGCUAAGUCGUUUGACUGGGGCUCAGCAACCGAGGACGGCCGGGGAGAACUCCUGGCGGACAUGGCAUCGAGCAUGGGCCUAAACGUAGCGAACGUGGGAGAUCGGCCUACGUUUCGGAGGUGGAACGCGGAGUCGGUUAUAGAUGUGACGUUUAACCGAGGGAACCAGGUACGGGAUUGGGCGGUACUGGAUAACUUCACGGAUAGCGACCAUCAAUACAUUCAUUUCCGGGUGAUUCCGAACGGCGUUCAUUCUGUCGGCGACACGCAGCAACCUCCGUUCAGCGCAGGAUGGGCGAGGAACAAGUUGGAUCAAAGGAAACUCGUGGACUUCCUCCGUGGCAGGCAGAACCUGUCCACGAUUCGUGAGGCUUCACCGACCGAGGCAGUAAGUCUCCUGUCACAACUACUGGUAGAAGCGGGGGACAGCUGUAUGCCACGCAGAUCUCGGCAGAGAGGCAAGAGGAAGCCGGUACACUGGUGGUCGGAAGAAAUCGCUGAGAUGAGGAGAGGCUGUUUGGCGGUGAGGCGGAGCUACCAACGGGCGGCGAGACGGGGCGAAGUAGACAGCGCCGCGGCACUCAACGCGGAGUUUAAGUCCAGGCGGAAGGAACUGAAGCUGUCAAUCCGCAUGGCACAGGAGAGGUGCUGGAGAGAUCUGUGCAAGUCAGUGGACGACGAUCCCUGGGGCCUACCUUACAAGUUGGUGACCAAGAAGCUGAGACGGAAUCCACCUGGUGUCGAGGCGAGAGGCAAUAAAAUGCUGAUCGCCGACCACCUUUUCCCGGUUCACCCAACAAUUAACUGGGGACGUAUACCCGAUAACAUCGAAGGAGAGGAUGGGCAAGCGGCUGCCCCAGUAACCAUGGAGGAGCUGAUGAUCGCUGCUAGGCGUUUGCCGUCGAAGAAGGCAGCGGGCCCGGACGGCAUCCCAAACGAACUGCUGAAGGCGGUCGUGGACCAAAUUCCCGGGGAGGUCCUGGAAGUUUUCAACAAGUGUCUCGGAGAAGGGGUCUUUCCGCGGGAGUGGAAGAAGGCCAAGCUGGUGCUCCUCUACAAAGGGGCCGGGAAACCGCACGAGGACCCAGCAAGCUACAGGCCGCUGAGCUUGCUCAACACCAUUGCAAAACUGUACGAGAGGAUUUUAUUACAGAGGCUUAACGGGCAUCUCGAUAGCGUUCCGAACGGCAGGUCGGAGAAUCAAUUUGGUUUCCGGGCCGGUCGUUCGACGGAGGACGCUAUUAUGAGUGUCAUUGCGGCAGCUAAGGAGGCGGCGAGGGGCGCGGUCCAGAACAGAGACUUAUGCGCCGUGAUCUCGCUUGACGUGAAGAACGCAUUUAACACAGCACCGUGGAGGGAGAUAGACAGGGCGUUGGAAGAGAAGAGGGUCCCGCGGUACCUGAGGGGGCGCUGGGUUCGUUGAUGGUAAACACGGGUGGGCCGAGCACCGCCAAGAGGAAAUUGCUAACCUCGGUGGUGCACAGCAAGCUGUUGUACGGGGCGAGUGUGUGGGCCGAGGAGGCAAUGUCAACGGAGAGGAACCGCGUCAGGAUUGGGAGGCAGCAACGUAGGAUGGCUUUGAGGAUCGUGCGCGCGUAUAGGACGGUGUCGGUCGAUGCGGCGCUGAUGCUGGCGGAAAUUCCCCCGGUGGACCUACUGGCCAGGGAACGCUGGCGGAUUUCAGAACGGUGCCGAGGCAGUAGGUGUCAGAUUCGGAAGAGGUCAGCGGUGGCGGAGGAAAGAGCGCGGACAAUCGCUGAGUGGUGCGAGCGUUGUCGGGGCACCAGCAGGGCAGCGUGGACAAGGCAGGUACUCCCAAACCCGGAGCGCUGGCUGAACAGGAGAGUCCGUGUCCCCAUAACGUUCCAAGCGACGGAGGCGCUAACGGGACACGGUUGCUUCCAGGUCUAUUUAUACAAAAGAAACAGGGCGGCCAGCCCGCGCUGCCUGCUGUGCGACGACGAGCAGGACACAGCGGAGCACACGCUGCUCCAUUGCUCCCACUGGGAUCGAGAGAUGGCAGACGUUGUCCGGUUUGUCGGGGGCAGGUCCCUCAGGGUAGAGGACAUGUCCGAGAUCCUGUGUGGACCGGAGCCUGUCAUCUUCCAGGAUAACCCUCAGGCAUCUCGGAUUAUGGAUGCUGCGCAAAAGGCCGCCGAGAGUCUGUACACCAUGAUGCAUAUAAUCCUCUCAGCGAAAGAGGAGCUGGAGAGACGGAGGCAGGCUGAGGAGCGAGUCGUAAGAAAUGCAUAA